CGCGCUGUCGGCGUCGCUUCACAUCGUGUUUCAGAGUGACCACUCGCAGUCCGCCAGUCGUGCUCAAGAAACAAGACUUCAGAACAAUGAGCGCUCCCGUUAAGAUCGCCGUUUCCAACGGCACCACCAACGGCGCCACCAAUGGCAACACCAACGGCGCCCUCAACGGCGCCACCAACGGCGCCACCCAGGAGGUGAACGGCGCCGACCUCAAGAAGAUGAAGAACGCCAAUCCCCCCAAGGUGUACAUUGGAUCACCACACAAGGAGUUUAACCCUUCGUCCAACGACAGCAUGGAUGGCAACCAGUUCCCGGCCGACCCCUUGCAGUGCCGCAUUGAACCCUACUCUCCGUACAACAGCUGCACCUACGAAAUCGUCCAGUCCGUCGCCGAGUUCCUGCUAAGCAGAGUCACUAUCAGGCCCAAGAUCGGUAUAAUCUGCGGGUCCGGAAUGGACGGGACCACAGGUUGCCUGGCCGACGCCCUCACCGACUCCACGUCCUUCCCGUACGAGACCAUCCCCUACUUCCCGACGCCCACCGUGCCCGGCCACAUGGGCAGGCUCGUGUUCGGCUACCUCGGGGACGUGCCCGUCAUGUGCAUGCAGGGCCGCUUCCACUACUACGAGGGCUACCCGCUAUGGAAGUGCGCCAUGCCCGUGCGAGUGAUGAAGCUCGUCGGAGUGACCCACCUGCUGGCGUCCAACGCGGCCGGAGGCCUCAACAACAACUACAAGGUCGGCGACAUCAUGAUCAUCAAGGACCACAUCAACCUCCUGGGCUUCGCCGGCAACAACCCCCUCAUGGGACCCAACGAUGAGAGGUUCGGACCGCGCUUCCCCGCCAUCAACAGGGCCUACGACUACAGCGUCCGCCGCAUGGCCAAGGCGGUGGCCUCCGAGAUGAACAUCAACAACAUCGUGCACGAGGGCGUUUACUCUGUUGUGGGUGGACCCUCCUUCGAAACCAUCGCCGAGAUUCGCAUGCUGGCUGCCCUCGGCGUGGACGCCGUUGGCAUGAGCACCGUGCACGAGGUGAUCACUGCUCGCCACUGCGGCAUGACCUCGUUCGCCUUCUCGCUCAUCACCAACAAGAGUGUCACCGACUACGAGAGCUACGAGGAGCCGAACCACGCGGAGGUGAUCGACAUGGGCAAGCACCGCGAGCCCGUCCUCAAGGAGUUCAUCGCCAGGCUGGUCAAGAAGAUCGAGCACGACCGGCAGCAGAGCAAGUAGAGAGGGCGCUACGGCCCGCCCAGUGCGCGCGGUGCCGCGCGGGUGCGGGUGUGCCAUCCCCUGCUCUCGCCGACGCCAAGCGGACCGGUGCCGGUGACUCCCUCCCGCUGCGUGCUGCACCUGCCAUCGCCACCCAGCAUCCCUGUCCACCCGUGGACCACCCGCGGUCAGCGCUGGACCGCUCCAUCUGUGAUACCUAGACCUACUUAUACUUUGGGCCGACGCGCCGCGUACGUGGCCGAGGAAUUUGCGGUGCAGGGCCAUGUUUCAGGCUCAGGCCCAGACACCUGUGCCAUACCCAUAUGAAGCUUUCCCCUCGAUAUGUUCCUCGACUGAUAAUGGUACACAUUCCAUGGCCACGAUAGGUGUAUAGUAGUGUGUUAGAAAUAGAAGGCAUUCAUUGACCAUGUUCCAGACUACUUAUGUAAAGACCAGUGAUUCCGUGACGUCGCAUCUGAAAUGCACUUCUGAAUGUAGCCGACUUUCAUUAUUGAGAAAUAAAAAUGAAAAGACUCUCUACCUCGUUAAGUUGCAUAUCGUACCUAAUAAUUUUGAGUUGGAAACGUGUUAUAAUUUAUAAUUUCACGCGCCCAAAAGUAUGUUCUUCUCUGUACUGUAAAUACGUGCGAUAACAUUAAAACUAGUGCUAUUGA